AUGAAGAUAGACGAGGUUCUGUACAGCAUCACUGAAAAGGUUAAAAAUUUUGCACUUAUUUAUCUUGGGGAUAUUACAGAAGUAAUGUAUGAAUUAUAUUACCCAUGUACUGUCAUGUUUUUCUUCAGAAACAAACAUAUUAUGACUGAUUUGGGCACUGGGAACAAUAUCAACUAGGCCAUGGAAGACAAGUAAGAAAUGACUGACAUCAUAGAGACUGUGUACCAUGGCACCUGCAAAGGCGGAGAUCUGGUGGUGUCUCCCAAGGACUAUUCUACAAAGUACAGAUACUGA